AACAACACCGGGCACCGGAGUCACCGGAGCGAGCAGGAAAAGCUGCUUCAUCUUCUUUCCGGAAGAUGAAAAGCGAGCGCAGGUCACUGCGUUCAAAACGGGGCUUAGCCGGGAAACAGAUUUAAACAAAAAACUGGACCAGGAGCAAAUCAGGGAAGCAGGAAAGGUCGGAGGAGACUCAACACCGGUUACGGCUUUUUACACACUAUUACCGGGGCCAAGGCGCACGGGAACGUCGUUUCCGAGAAUCAGGGGCUAAAUCAGGACUGAACCAGGACUAACUCGGGAUUAAACAAAGGUUAAACUAAACUCGGCAAAACUAGACUAAUUAAAGCAAGUUUGAUCUCGGAACCAGUAAAGAACUAAGACUAAACCAGGGCUAAAUCAAGAAAGAAAGAGACUAAACUAAACCAGGGCUGAAAUUGGACUAAAGUAGGGUCAAACCACGUCUAAUCUAGAGCUAAAUCAGGGCUAAACCAGAACUAAACCAGGUCUGAUCUUGGAAUAAACCAGGCAAUAACUAGGAUUGAAAUAGAAAUAAACUAAGAAAGGGCUAAAAUUGAACUAGGCCAGGUCAAACCAAGUCUAAUCUGGGUCUAAAACAGGGCUAAAUCAGGACUAAACCAGAACAAACCCUGAUCUGAUCUUGGACUAAACCAUGGCGCAGGCGAACAUCUCCGUUACCGAGCGGCAGUUCCGGUGUCCUAUCUGCUUGGACGUGCUGAAGGACCCGGUGUCGAUCCCGUGCGGUCACACUUACUGCAUGAGCUGUAUCUCUGUCUACUGGGACCAGGCGGAGUCCGGCUUCUGCUGUCCCCAGUGCCGCGAGGAGUUUAACCCGAGGCCCGUGCUGCGGAGGAACACGGUCCUGGCGGAGGUUGUGGACAAACUGCGGCUGAGUGAGACCUUGUCAGAGCCAGAGCUCUUCCUGGGAGGAGUUGGAGAGGUGCCUUGUGACUUCUGUCCCACCGAGAGUCGUCUGAGGGCAGUGAAGUCAUGUUUGGUGUGCUUGGCCUCUUUUUGUGAGCUUCAUGGCCUCCCCCACCGUGACGUGGGCACCCUACGGCGACAUAAGCUCGUGGAAGCCGUGGAGAGCCUAUUCGAGCGCCUCUGCGCCCAGCACCGACUGGGGCUGGAGCCUGGAGCAGCUGAGGGGCCAGAACAACCAGGAUGGAGCGGGGAUUGUCUGCUCUGUGAAGCCGACCAAGAGGAGGGCAGUGCGGAGAGCCAGAGAGCCAGGAGACGGGUGCAGUUGCAGGAGAGCCAGAGGACAGUCCAGAGCAGGAUCCAGGCUGCAGAGGGGGACUUGGACGAGUUCCAACAUAAUGUUGAGUCUCUCAAGGUUUCGGCGUCUGCUGUGCUGGAGGACAGUGAGGCUGUGUUUGCAGAUAUGGCUCAGAGACUGGACAAGACCAAAGCAGAGGUGCGCUCCCGUCUUGAGGCCAAGGAGCGGUCAGUGGUGACCAGAGCUGAGAGAGAACUUGAGUUGAUGGAGAAAAAUCUAGAAGAACUCAGAAAAAGAGACAAAGAAAUCACCCAACUCCUGCAGACAGAAGACAGCGAUCAUUUUAUACAGGCGGCCCCACUGCUGCUGCUGCCUGUCUCCACUAGUGCUCCCCCUCGUUCCCCCUCCCUCUCUGCAGACGUGUUCAGUGCUGCACGGCGUUCUUUGUGUCACCUGCGCAGUCGAAUGGAGGAGCUGUGCCGAGAGGAGGUGGACGUCAUCAACAAGACAGUGAAUGAGAAUCAUGCGGCGGCUGAGAGCACUAAAGUUGGCAGAAAUUUCAGUCCAGUGAACUGUAAACCUCGACAAACUCUGUCGGCUUCCCUAUAUUCAAGAGUGGUUCCAGUGUCCUUCCCCCUGUCCUGUCUGUCUCUGGCACCAGCCGACCACAGGAUGAGAGCAGCUUUUCUCAGAUUCUCAUGCAGCCUGACCCUGGAUGCGGACACGGCUCACUCGACAUUGGUUCUGCUGGACGGCCUGCAGGGGGCACACUGUGGGGAGGAGCCUCAGCCUUACCCACCCCACCCACUGCGCUUCGACUCAGUGGCUCAGGUGCUGUGUCGAGAGGGUCAGUUCGGAGGAGCCUCGUACUGGGAGGUGGAGUGGAGAGGAGGGGGCUGGGUGGACAUCGGGGUCACAUACAGAGGUAUUGGCCGCAAAGGUGGAGGAAAGCCGUGUCUGCUCGGGCGUAAUGAGAACUCGUGGCGUCUCCGCUGUACUCAUGCUGGAUAUGCCGCCUGGCAUGACAAUCGGAAAACCACUGUUGCCGCACCGCCCUGCCCUCGCAUUGGUGUGUUCCUGGAGAGACAGAAGGGAGCGCUCUCCUUCUACAGUGUGUCGGACUCUGUGGUGCUACUGCAUACGUUCAGAUGCCCAUUCGCUCAGCCUCUUUACCCCGCAUUUCGGCUUGAUCUGGACUCAACUCUGAGAAUAUGUCCUCCUGAGAUGCCUGGGACAUAGUAGUACAAGUCCUUGGCCUCACGUACCCAGAUAUUUUUUUAUAAACUGAUAUAUUCUUCAUGUGAUUUUAAAAAUGUCUCAGCGUUAAUUCUGUUCAGUGAUGACAGAAUCAUUAUAUUUUUCGCCGUGUUACCAGUAUUCAUUCAUUGAUUAUUUUAGCCUAUUUAAUCAGUAAUAACUACAUUUAACAGGAAGAGGAGAAAUUGUAAAGGACUGUAGACUGCAUGCAUAGCAUAAAGAUUUCUGGCAAUAGCCUAAACUAAAGUGAGUUUCUGAAGUCAUGACACUGCCUCUUAUCAAUUCCCUGGGGACAGCGCUGGUUUUAUCAUUUAUAACUAACAGAACUGAGACUGAGUGUACAUGGAAACCAGACAGCAGAUGGCAACAAGACAAAGUUGAACUAUAUCAGCGGACACAGGAUGUCUGCGCUAAAACACCAAACGUCAAGUGUAAUGGCACACAGCCUGUGUCUGCGCACUCUGCGAGCUCUAACAUUAUAUAUAUGUGUCCAAAACAACUCUUGGAGGUAUCCUGCGGUUUUAAAAAUCUUCACUUUAGAGACCAUUUAUAAAACACUUUUUAUAAAGGUAACAUUUUUUGAAGUAAAAAUCUGUAUGUGUGGACAGACGAUUUUAAGAAGACUCCGGCACACUGACUCUUGAUUCACUUUUAUUAGUACAUAGAGCGUAUGUAGUAGAAUGUUUCAGUCCCUCUGACCUGAAGGUCAGUAUGCAGGAGUUUUCUUAAAACCUUAAAACCUUUCAGCCAACUGCCUCUUCUCCAACAUACCUGUUGCUUAGUCAGGUGUGCAGGUCUACACAGAAACGAUGUGUGGACAGAAGGCUGAAACACAGGAAAACAUGGAGGAGUUUAUGAAAAUAUCUGGGUACGUGUAGCCAGGGCCUAAGACUAUUUGAAUGUUUAGAAGUUAUCCUGGUGACACCAUUGUGACUUUACCUCAUUGAACUACUGCUAUAUUAUAUACCACUACUAUCACUUCUGUUACUGCUACGGCUGCUGCUACCACCACAGGCCUUUAUAACCACCUAGCUGUUUAAAGUGCGCUUAUCCCAAAGCUUAGCAAUAGUUUUAUACCCACUCCUCAUUAUUGAUACUGUGCUUCCUCAAAUUUGUUUUGGUUUGAUGAUAUAAAAGCCACUAACCUCUUAAACAUGCCCUGUAGCCUGGUACUCCUGUCAUUGCCCGAUUUGGCACCGUUUUUCAAACUGAGCAUGUCCAGAUAAAGUGAUGCAAACGCUGAAGUUGCUAUAGUAACUUGCACGCCAAAUCUAAUUUGAGAUUUUGAUUGACUUGAGAUUUGUUCUAUCAUAUUUACUCUUGGAAUAUAAACAGUUUUACUGAUAAAUACUUGCUCAAAGUCCAAGAAAAUUAUGAACUUAAAUUAUUAAUAAAUGUUAGAAAACAGCAGAGCUGAGUAAAGUCUGACUUUAGUAAAACAGAGAACUUUGAGAAUUCUGAUAAAAUACGAUUGUUUUGUUUCUAUUUGUGCAAAUAACCUCUGUGGAAUAAUCAAACAUUGAUAUGAAUACAGUUAAAAUGAUCCAUAUGUGUGUCUACAGCAGACUGAAUACAUAAUAAACAGAGUUAAAAGAGUUAAAUGACUUAAAUUACAAAGGUGCCAAAUCUGGGAAUAACAACUACGCCCACCACUGCCAACCCAUGGGUUUCAGGCAAAUCUUUCCUUCCUGAUUUGAAGGAUUUUGUGAGGAUGUUUCCCCUUAAAAAAAAUAAUAUUUUUAUCUGAAUUGUUUUAUUGCUAUAACAACAGAGGGUCGUUGCCAUGCCAGAUCUUUUAAAUCAGGAGGGAAUCCUCAUGCCUCAAACCCAUGAAUACCACAAAUACAGGGAGCACUGUGGAUGAAGUGUUCUGCCCAAAGACACAAUGGCACAUGGUCUGUUAGUGCUGUCUACUAUUAGUAAACCUCAGUGAUUAACCUGCUCUUACUGUUGCCUGCUCUUCACUUAUAAAAUCUGUGUUUUUAUUUAUCCAGGGGUGUGGUUGCUCAGUACCACCAAAGAAAAGAUUUGGCGUUGCGAAUAUGACCAGGUCCAUAGCACGACUCUCUAGGGACUAUCUUUUGACCUCCUUUGGACAUUAUCCAAAGGAGGCCAAAAGUGGGCCAAUGAUUUCUAAAUUAGUCAAACCCACAAACUGAAGAUCUGUCCAAGUACUACCUGAAGGAGCUUGUUUACCACCACACAGCACAGUUUGAGAAACAAUGGUUUAAACUACACUGUGCCACUUCAGCCUUGGUCAGGCUGUAUAGUUUUAUAUUUUUUCUUAUGGAUAAUGACUAAAGACCAUACUGCCUUGGUUUUUGUUUUAUGUGGUUUCACAUCCAACUGUCAAGAUACAGUUAAAUAAUGUAAUAACUUGUUUUUAAUGUCUGCGCACCAGUCUCUCUGUCUCUCUGUCUCUCUGUCUCUCUAUCCAUCCAUACAGUAUAGAGUUGUCAAAAAAAAUUGAGACUUUAUGCAGAAUUAAAUGACCAAGUACUGUGGGUUGCCUUACUAUUAUACCCAAAUAAUAGGUGCAUUUAAUACUCACCACUGCCUUAUAAAGCAUGCUAUAAAAUACAUAUUUAAAUAACUAAACUUUAUCACAUCAAAUCUGUAACAACUGUAUAAAACCACAUAAUACAUUACUAAUAUAAAGGGUUACUGUCUUUCGUUACUGUCUUUCACUACAUCCAUACAUGUCAUCUUUGGUCUUCCUCUAGGCUUCCUCUACCUCUGUACCAUAUAUUCACUCUUCCUCCUCUGUACCAUAUAUUCAUUGACUUUUGCCAAAUUCACCAUAGCUCAACUCGAAGACACUGCUUUGCCAUUAAGUGCUUUAUUCACAACUUUUUGCACUAAAACUAAGCAGAUUUAUAGAAUCUGUUGUAAUUAUCUGUAAACUACAUGUGUUUUGUCUGAAAUAUGAAAAUUGUAGAAAAGAUAUACAUUUUUAUGCAGCUUAAUUCUAAAAGCAAUUCCACAAUAAUCAGAUUUGUAACUUUUCUGGGGGUUUCUAUGUCUACGCUUUGACUGGAAUGUUCCACACAAUGGCAUUAAACUUAUUUAUCAUGCCUCUAUUCAAUUCCAGUUGUUUUGUUCCUAAGAAAUACCUGGAAAAGCAUGCAUUUUUACUGUGAGUGUGGUCGCCUCUUCACAGAUCUGACCUGUAAUUUGCCUGAGCAGUCACCUACUUGUCUCCAUGGAGACAGAUAAGCCCAAUGCCAUACUGUGAAACAUUCUAGACAAAACGGUAACAUCUCCAUGGAGACAAGCAAGUGGCAG